AUAUAAUCGCGAUACAUAUAUUACUUCCAGAAUUAAUCUAAAUGAAACAACCUGUAGUCCUGAAAAAUAAUUCUGAGAAUUUCCGUUUCUCGACAAAGUUAAAUUAAUUAUUCUUUUUAUCAAAUAUUACUAAUCUUUUUUAAAUAAAUAUAAUAACUAGUUGAAAGGAGCCAACUUUGUCGUUAACUAAAAACUUAGCUGUUUUCGAAAAUAUACGCAUAUUGGCUCGAUGUAUAAUAAAUAAAGAAAAUACGAUACGAACGAUACGCGAUGUAAAAAUCGGUUAUAAUAAAUAAUAAUUAUAGAGAACUAAUUUGAUGUAAAAAUUACGUCACAUCGUGAUGUACAAGAACGAGUGAAUGUGUCGAAGAUGUGACACGAUUAAGAAGACAGUGUUCAUCGAAAUUACAGUUGGUCGUUGAUUUAACAAGUUUCGUUCGGAGUGAUACAAAUUAAAAAAAAAAAAAAAAAGAAAAUGACAACCGUAAACAAGCCGUCAAAAGAACCGACACAAUCCACUGUGUGCGCACAGAUGGAAAGCUCCAUGACAGAUGGAAAUUCAAGAUGCGAAUCGCCGAAACGUGGUACAACACUUUCAACUAGUACCAGUAGUUUCGAAGCUCUUGAUCCUCAUGAUCCAAACCUAAGUCGUUUAGCUAAUACGAUGUUUCAAAAAACUGGCGAAUACUUGCAAGAAGAACUCACCGCUACUCACGCUGAUUAUCGAUUACUAGAACGACUAAAUAAAGAGACUAUCGCAAAGUACACAGAAUUGAAAACAAUAUCGUCGAAUGUUUCAAUAUCAUUGGAUUCUUUAAACGAAAAAUAUAAAAAUUUGCGACCUAUAUUGGAAAAUAUUGAUCAAAUUGACGAUAGUGUUAAUAAAUUGGAGCAAGCAGCUUAUAAGCUAGAAGCAUAUUCUAAACGAUUAGAGGCAAAGUUUAAAGAUCUCGAGAAGGAUUUAAAAAAGAAUGAAAAUCUUCAUGUUCUUAAACAAUGUAUAGAUAAUGUGACAAAAGGUAAUGUUAUGACUGGAAAUAAGCCUACUUUAUAAUCAAAUUUUUUUCUAAUACCGAUAGAUCGCAUAAUAUUGAAUAUUUAAAAUUUGUCAAUAAGAAAGAUUAUUUAAAAAUAUUAAUAUAACAUUGAAUGCGGAUGGAUAGUAAUUGUUAAUUUUGAGAUUUCUUAUUUUUAAUUGAAAUUGAUGAAAUAUAUUUGUGCUUACAUUUACUUCAAGAAAAUAACAAUAAAUUAAGUUAAUGAGUAAUUACAAAGAAAUAACUUAUAAAAUUAAAGUAUGUAGUUUAAUAGUAUUACAAUGAUCAUUGGUGUUCACGUUUCUAUGUAAAUAAAAGAUGUUGAAAUUUCACAAAAAAUGGAAAUUUAGUAUUUCUAUAGUUCUAUUGUUUAACACAUAUUUUUACAGAAUUAUUAUAAGGUACUUAUAAGUAAUUACGCACCAACGUUAACAAACUAUUUUAAUGCACUUAGCUUUCUUUUUUAUCUUAUAUUUUCAUACAUUCUUUGUAUAUAGAUGUCAAAAACAAUAUUUUAUCUCCUAUGUGACAGAAGAUCACUCAACGCAUUUCAAUAUAAUAACUAACUUAUUUUCUAUAGAGGUCAUUUUCUACUUAGUAAUCUAUGAUUUUGACUCUGCAUUUGAAAAACAAAAUAAGAAGAUAGACUUUCUGAAAAGAUUAUAAAAUGUUCUCAUCAUUGUCUAAUAGUAAUUUAAUCCAAGAAGAUUGAAGAUUAUAUUUAAUAACAAAUAUAAUACGUUACUAUACAGAAUGUAAUAAAUGAUCAAAAUUCUUUGUCGCGAGAAAAACUGCUUAAUUAUUUCUCUUUGACCCCAUGAGAAUUACAAACGAUACGAAUUGCUUAAUUCGUUCUUUUUUAGAGACAUAUUAUUUACCAACAAUAUCUGUCUGUAAAUUCAAUUGUAUAUUUAUAUAUCUCGGUAUUUAAAUAUUUAUAUCAUUGAAUGUUAAAAUAUUUCUGGUUGUCUUCAAACAGUCUAUCAGGCAUAAAUAAGAAAUGUAUUUGUUUCUUUCACAAAAGCUGAGUUCUAACAAAAUUCUAACAAAAAAUUAGAUAAUAAAUUACAUAUAAUCAUUGCAGACUCAUGAAUACAUAAUUUUCGAUGCACCUUGUGUCUUCUUCAUAGAGGAACAUCAUAUAUAUAUAUCGUUACAUAAAAAUGUUUAUGGCUCCUGAGUGUUAGACUUUAUCAUUAAUGUUAUUAUUUAGGUGUUAAAUAUUCGUCAGAAAAGGUGUAACUGCUUUAAUGAUAAAUAAUAGCAAUUUGAGAAACCAAAUUUGUCACUUGAAAAUAAAGCAUUGUAAGAUUUAGUAUUGCAUCUAGCAAUCUAAAAAAUUGCCAGCCAUUAAAAGUUCUAACGCAAUUUCUGGUGCAAUCGGAAACUCUGGGAUUUCUGUGCUGCUAUUCGUGUAACGAACUUUAUAAGUAAAAUACAUGCAGACUUUUUGAAGUACAUGAGAACUGUAAGAAAAAUGUUGAUGAAAUAAAAAAUUUUAUGCCAGAGA